CUCUCUCUCUCUCUCUCCCUCUCUCCCUCACAGACAGAGGAGACUGGAAUCCAUCGACUGGGAGACGGACAGACAGACAGAUAGACAGACAGACAGUAUAUCCUCUGCGGUGUUGCUCCAGGAUGUCGAGCGGAGGUCCCGGUCCUGGUUCUGUCCCAUCGUGGUCCGGCUCCCCCCUGGAGGAGUGGAGAGCGAAGCGAGAGCGCCUGAGACUGCGAUCCAGCAGGAAUGGAACAGGACUGCCAUGCCCCGGCCAGCCUGCAGGGGGAGACAGCGCGGGAGCUGCCCCCAGUAAGAACCCAACAGCCGGGCCAGCGACACAAACAUGCCAGCCUCCCCCCAGCAUCACUUCCAAAGCAGGCACAGCCACGCCCCCCACGAGAGAGGAGCCGGCCAAUGAGGACCGGGUUCAUAAAGAGGGAGAGGAGUCGGCUAGCCCCUCCCCUCGCGGGAAGGAACAGAAGGGCGGGGCCUCCGCUCAUCGCAAGAACAAGACAAAGGUGGAGAAGAGGAAGCUGAGGGAGAAGAGGAGAUCCACUGGGGUGGUGAACCUGCCCCUGGGCACUGAGAGCCCAGAUGAAGGAGAGGGGGGAACAGCCAGCGAGAAGCAGGGUCACCCUGACCCCCCAAAAUCGAACCCUGUGGACACGCCCCGAGUGGCGCUCACACGGCAGAAGAGCCGGACAGGAGCCCAGGACCCCCAGCCCCACCCCCCUCUGAGCCGCAAGCAGAGCGGCGGACCGGGCAAGCCAGCCCCCGAGAGAGAGACCCCCCUGCUGGAGAGGAGGCUGCAUGAGCUGGAGAAGGUGGUGAGUGGAGAGAAGCAGGUGAAUCAGAGGCUGAGCCGACAGCUGCAGGAGAAGGAGAGUCUGAUCCUGAAACUGCAGGCUGAGUUCGGACACAUGAGCGAGGACCUCGAUGGGCUUGAGCAGGAGAACCACACGCUGCGGGAGGAGAACCAGACGCUGCUCAGAGUGGUCAGUCAGCUGGCCAACAGCUAGCCCCGCCCCUCCCCCAACCCAGGGAGAGCGGAGAGAGGACUCCUGGCAGUGAAGAACUGAGGCAGUCAUGUGACACGCUUGCCACGGUGUACCCGCUCUGUGUACCCGCUCUGUGUGCCUGCUCUGUGUGCCCUGUGUACUCUGUGUACCCGCUCUGUG